GUGUGUAUUGUUUAAACUGCUCAAAUCCUACUCUGUUUUCAGACCGAGAAAACUUCCACCGAACUGAGAGAUGGCGGCCGUCGUGUCUGUUAGCACUGCUGCCAGGGAUGGAAAUACAGACACGGGGCUCAGUUUCGCCUCUCGUCCGCUUCACGAAAAUUACGACCCCGCGGCUGAACACGAAAACUGGAUGCCCGGAGCCCACCGGAAUCCCGAACUCGAAGCCGGAGAAGAGGACUCAAACUCGGAACGCGAGUGUCAGCGAAGGGUCGAAGAGGACUUGACAUCAUUGAGUCCCGAAGAGAUAGAGAGCCGCUUGGAGAGAACUCGCCGGGAGUUUUACAACCGUAGAAAAAUUAUCAUUAAAAAUCUACCAUCCGACGUUAGUAAUCAGGAGGUUCAUGAACUGCUGGGCAACUAUGACUUGAAGUACUGCUUUGUUGACAAAUACAAGGGCACAGCGUUUGUGACACUGCUCAAUGGGGAACAGGCGCAGUGUGCCAUCAAAGAGUUCCACCAGCAUGUGCUGCGGGACAGAGAAAUCUCUGUGCAGCUGCAGCCAACAGAUGCCCUGCUGUGUAUUGCCAACUUGCCUUGUGCUUUCACCCAGCAACAGUUUGAGGAGUUGGUGCGACCCUUUGGUAAUCUGGAGCGCUGCUUUCUGGUGUACAGCGCUUCCACAGGCCACUCUAAAGGCUACGGCUUUGUGGAGUACAUGAAGAAGGACUCUGCAGCCAGGGCCAAAUCUGAGCUUUUAGGAAAGCAGCUGGGCUCCCGCAUGCUGUAUGUCCACUGGACUGAGGUCGGUUCCCUCACUUACCCACUGCUGCACUCAAAAUGCCUGUGUGUGGACCGCCUGCCCCCAAGCCUCCUGACAGCCCAGGACCUCCGCAACGCCCUGGCUGACACCCAUUCACCAGUCUUCUGCCAGCUGGCUCAAGGACAAGAUGGAAGUUUUCGGCGUUUUGCUGUGUUGGAGUUUGCAACAGCUGAGAUGGCGGAGGAGGCACAGCGAUUGACCGAUGGCCGGCUUCUUGGUGGGAUGCACAUCAGGGUGUCCUUCUGUGCCCCUGGCCCUCCUGGAAGAAGCAUGUUGGCAGCUCUGAUUGCUGCUCAAACCAUGGCUGUGAACAGGGGUAAAGGUCUCCUCCCUGACCCCACAGCCAUGCAGAUACUUACAGGCCUCAAUAACCCUGCCACCCUCAAGAUGCUGCUUAACCCACUGUCACAGGGACAUAAACAAGGCCUCCUUGGUGCUGCCCCUACUAUGCCCCUGCUGGCCAAUCCCGCCCUCUCUGCUGCGCUGCUCCAGCUGCUCCUUCAGAACCAGGCCAAGGCCCAGCAGCAGGCAGGACUCAUCGGGGAGAAUCCUCUGGCUGCUCUGCCCGUCCAGCAGGGAGUCCAUCUGCUCGGAGACCUGCCCCAAGGUGGUGUAGUCUCAGGUCUUGGUAUUCAGGCAGAUCCUCUAAACCCCCUAAAGCCAAUGCCACUUGGCAGAGCUCUGACAAGGGAGCAGGAGUCCCCAACAGCAGCUUGCACCUUCCCACAGACUUCCUCUCCCACCCUGCAGGGCAUCUCCAUGCCUUUGAUGGGUGGCAUGAUGGGGGCAGAUGGCCUCACAGCACAAGGGGUCUCGAUUCUUGGAGAUCCUCCUAAAGAUGUGAGCCAUCCUCAGAGUGCCUUUCUAAAUGUCAAUAAUGGUUUUCCCUCAGGAGGAAAUAGCAGACCUCACCCCUACAGGAAAAGGCCAACUCUUAGUAAUGUGUCCAACCAGCACACACACCAGAGCAUUCAGCCAAAUUACAACCUGCGCUAUCAGGACUCCUACAGCCCAGAAUAUCCUCCUCUUCAUCAGGAUCCUCUGGCCCACUUGUAUGAACAGCAGGAGAACAUUGAUACUGGAGUCUUGGCAGGAUUCGGCCAACAGCUUUCUCGUCACCCUGAAUUCAGUGAUCGGUUUUCCCUCUAUGGUUACCCUCCCAGCCCACCCAUGUCUUACUUCAGCUCAGGACCUGAACCCUGUAGCAGCAGUAGCCUUCCUGCCACCCAGCUUAAUAGGGCUGUGGGAAUGCCUCCUGUGAGCCACAGUGCCAACUUCCCCCCAGGUCUGGGGAAUGCUGUGAAGACUCCCAUCGGUAGCCACAAGCGUGUGUUCUCCCGACUGAUCCCAUCUCCAGAACCAAGUCCCGAGGGCAGCUAUGUGGGCCAGCACUCCCAGGGCCUUGGCGGCCACUAUGCAGAUUCCUACCUGAAGCGAAAGCGUAUAUUCUAAUGACUGCUUCUUAAUGUAUGAGUAGCCAUUCAACAGCCAGGACACAAUGGCAUCUCCUCUGGCCUCCUCUUGAGCUAAACAACUUGGUGGUCCUUGGAUUUGUCUCCUGUGUACUUCUGUGAGUGACCCCUGGAGGGCGCUGGGGAGUGCAGCCUGUUGCUUUCUGGACAGUGUUCACUCUAUGGGAAUUUUUUGGUGGUUGUUUUUUUCUGUGUGUGUGUAUAUAUAUAUAUAUAUAUAUAUAUAUAUAUGAUUUUUAGUGUGUUGGUAAACUAAGUUUUUACUCUUUUCCUUUUUUAUUUGACUUUUAAUUUCUUGUUGAAAAAGUUGUACAGUGAGAAAAAAAUGGUUAAUUAGCAAAUGAAGUCUUAUCUCAAGCAUUUUUUUAAACUCCAGUGUUGUGUGUGUGUGGAGUAUCAGCAGAGCUACAGAUAGUUUGGCCAGUUUUCAGUUGCAGCCUGAGGCUGCUUUUUGUUAAACGACUCACUUAAGUGAUGCUGUCUGCAAUUUCAGGCAAAGGGACUUGCAUAGUGUAAAAAACAAGCUUUACUUUGAAGGCUGUACUUUUUUUUUAAAGAGCCUUCCCUUAUUUUCUGUAAAAAGUUCAGUAGUUUAUGUUAUGUGAUGGUGUUUUUGUCUUGUGGUGUUUUUUGCCCCCCUCCCCCUCCAUCAACAGGGUUUUACAUUUUACUGUAUGACUCUUUCUGGAUUCAGACCUCUUCUCAUUGAUUAACGUGCGGCUUUCCAUCCACCAAUGACAGCUGUAUGUAUCUGCCUUUAUGUCACGAUAUGAAGCAUUUUCAAAAUUCUGGCAUUUUUAUCUCAAGACUUAGUUGUUCCAUGUCAUUGGUCUUUUUGAGCCACACCCUCCAACAUAUUUUAGUCUGUUCUCUACACUGGUUGUCGAGUGAUGCACUUGGAGGGCACCGAUCACAAUCCUCAUCCGUUCACACUGCUAUAAGGAGCUGUUUCCCAGUCUUGUCUCACUCAUAUGUCCAUGUGUUGAAUAUUUUCUGUGUUUAUUUGGGUUCAGUUUUCAGAAUUUAUUGAAUGUCUUCUUACAGUCCAAACACCACACCUGGAUUGUUGAGUUGGUUGGAUGGGGUGCUGGACAUAUGCUGUGUGCCAUCUCUCAAGCUGCCAGCAGGUGGUGAAUACAGGAACAUUAACCAUCUCUUCUCAGCCAGAGAGGCUUGUGUCUGGGUUGAAAUAGCUUCUUUAGGUGAGUAGAUGGCAACAGGAAAGAUGAGACACAGCCUGUGUUCAAAGGUUUUAGUAUUGAUGGGAGUUAUGGUAUAAAUGGUGGCAGGUGAUCAGUCAGUGGCAUGACUGUCCUCUUUCCUCUACUCUGUUUUUUUCUGUUUUUUAAAAAUAAUUAUCUGGUUGACAGUUUGAUUGUGAAAACCCAUUACCUCUGACCUCUGCUCAGAAAUGCAGCUACACUUGAGCCUUAACUGUGUUUGGCUUCCAUCUACAUUUACCAUUUCUCUGUUAUUUGCUGUGUAAAUAGUUGAGCUUGAUCCUUUUCUCGAGUCUACUUUUUUUUGUUUUCUUAAUCAUACCUGCCUCUGGUCUGGUGUUUUGAAUGAAUUUGCUGCUUCUUUUGUUUUUGUUAUUUUGCCUGUUAGUUUGAAAGCUGAUGUGACAGCGUGGUGCCACAGCAGACUGCUCAUGUUGUGUAUGGACCAAGAGAUGCAGCUGUAUAGAACGACAGUCAUCCAUUUCAAUUGAUUUGAUUCAAACUGCUAUCUUCUAUUCUGUACCGCCAUGGUUGACUGUAUGUGUGUGUGAUGUGAGCGAGUAAAUGUUAUUUAAACUCA